CGCAGAUAUAGGGUGUUCCAGUAGGGUUAGGCGUGGCAGUUGCAUCUCUACGUAGAUAAUGGCACUCUUUUUUGCGCACGGCCUCGCAAGCUCGUUUACUUUUCCCCUUCCUCUCACUAGGCUCGUUUCAGGGCCCUGUCACCGCAUGACACAAGAUGCAACUUAUUUACGGAGUAUGCAUUUCGGUCGCUGGCUACUUUGGAGGUGUGAAAUACUAGCAUUUACAUGCAGUAUUUCUGGGCUAAAAAAUCUUGUAAAGUGCUGUACCGUAGGGAUUCAUGACACCUAGAUCCUUAUUUCUGAUGACUUCACGGAAGAUAUCCAUGGUUUUAUCCAUGGUUUGGAAUGUGGUUCCCAUGGAUAUGUAAACCUUGUUCCUAAGGUCUAACUAUAGGAGGCGGCAUCUAGAGCAUCCAUCAGAGCUGCAUCCAAUCCUAUCACCUGCUAUAUACGGAGAAGGAAAGUGCUGAUAUUCAGCACUAUCGAACCGCCUACCACGGCAGAGCCGACAUGGUAUGUAACCCGACUGUGGUAUUUCCCCGUACAUUGUCAAGUUUUUGACCUAGACCGGGCCAUUGCAAAUGUAAUCAUGCUUAGAAGACCAACCAGAACCACUAGUAUGGUCGAGUAAUCAGUAGUCAAGGCCUGCACUAGACUGUUAGUAUGCACAAGUAAUCCAUAAUUAGGGAAUCUCAUGCUUUCCAUCCCCCUCGACAGAAACACUACGGAUGGGUGCUAUAUUAACACGAUCGUUCCACAGCUUUCAAGGUCCACCUAUGUUUGGCUCUAGGAAAAGGUCUGGAUUUCAUAGGGCAACAAGAGAUUCAGGGAAGCCCCGAAACCUAGAGAUAUUAAUAAAACAUUCCGAGGAAAUAUGUGGCAAUUUCUUUUCUUCACCUUUGUGUCUCUUACUACUUAUUGCUAAUUUCUAUUUCGCAAGUUAU